AUGUCAACCAACAACGACAUUGCAGGACCAAAACCUAACCUAGAAAUUAGAGAGUUAGAGAAGGCCUUCAAGAGUAGAAUGAAAACCUAUGUAAUUGACAAUACGCUUGCGAUAAAAGACCCUGCAAAGUUUCUUGAACUAUCGAGACCUCUAUUUUAUGAUAAGGUAGUCGAGCAAGUGCAAAAUAAUAAUGUAAAAAUAAACAUUGUACUUUUAACUGAGUUUAAGAAAACAUCCAAUAAUGAAGAGAUUGUUCAAGAAAUCAAUUUUAAAACUCAAAACGAUAUCACAUACUCAACCACGAAUAUAGAAGAACAAUUACAAACUAAAGAAAAGAAAAUCUUGACGGAAAUGGAGGAGUUCCAGACUAAAGGAUCAGUGGAGUCCAACAACAGUGAUCAAGUUAAAAUGUCAUACACAAAAAAGUACCAAAAACAUGAAGCUAUUAGCUUUUCAUAUUACAUUGUAAAUGAAAAUGACUAUACAAGACCAAUAACAUACUUUGGCGAAGAUGCAGCGCAAGUUUUUGUAAAAAGGCUGUUCAGUGAGUCUAAAAAAAUAAGCUAUCUAUAUUCAAAAGAAGCUGCUAAGCCAAUGGAACUUUCAGAAGAAGACCAUAUUACUAUAUUGACGGCAACUCAGUGUCAUAUUUGUGGAAAAGAGUUUACAGAAGAGAAGCCGAUGGUGAGAGACCAUGAUCACCUUACAGGAAAACUAAGAGGUCCAGCACACAACGCUUGUAAUUUAAAUUUUAGAAAACCUCAUUUCCUCCCCAUAUUUAUUCACAAUCUUUCUGGAUACGAUACUCACCUGUUUAUCAAAAUGUUUGGAUUGAACGAUGACACUAUUGAUGUUAUACCAAAUAACGAAGAAAAAUAUAUUUCUUAUACUGUUCAUGUAAAAGGAGGUAUUGAUUUGAGAUUUGUAGAUUCAGUUAAAUUCAUGUCAAGUAGCUUAGACAUACUCGUCAAGAACUUAUCUCCUCAACAUUUUAAGCAUACUUCGAAGUACUACUCGAGUGAACAGCUGCAGCUGUUGCAAAGAAAGGGUGUGUACCCUUAUGACUUUAUGGACUCCUUACAGAAAUUUGAAUACACAUCACUCCCACAAAAGAAAGACUUCUACAACAAACUAACCAUGACCAACAUUGAAGAUGAAGACUACGAGCAUGCAAGUAAAGUUUGGAACGAAUUUAAUAUACAAAGCAUGAGAGCAUAUACUUUACUAUACAACCAGUCUGAUGUAUUGCAAUUAGCAGACGUCAUGGAGAACUUUCGAAACAUUUGUAUGGAGACUUACCAGCUUGACCCAGCAUGGUACUACACAGCACCAGGACUAGCUUGGAGUGCGAUGCUCAAAACAACCAAGAUUGAACUUGAACUUUUAUCAGACUACAAUAUGGUUCUAAUGAUUGGAAACGGGAUACGAGGAGGAUUAUCACAAUGUUCGAACCGGUACGCCGCUGCCAAUAACAAAUACAUGAAGGAAAAUUAUAAUGAAAAUUUACCCACGUCAUAUCUUACAUAUCUUGACGCCAAUAACUUGUAUGGAUGGGCUAUGAGCCAACAUAUGCCUUACUCUGAUUUCAAGUGGGUUGAAGAUGUUCACAACAUUGAUAUCUUAUCAGUUCCAGAUGAUGGAAAUACGGGAUACAUAUUGGAAGUAGAUUUAGAGUAUCCCCAAGAAUUGCACGACCUACAUUCCGAUCUUCCUUUAGCACCUGAAAGACAAAUACCACCCGGAUCUAAACAAGAGAAACUUCUGGCUACAUUGUUUGACAAAAAGAGAUAUGUUCUACACUAUCGGAAUUUAAAGCAAUACAUCUCUCUCGGUUUGAAAUUAAAGAAAAUUCACAAAGCAAUCAGUUUCACUCAGAGCAACUGGCUUAAACCUUACAUCGAUCUGAAUACUAGCAUGAGAACUAAGGCCACAAACAAUUUUGAAAAGGAUUUCUUCAAGCUUAUGAAUAAUGCCGUGUUUGGCAAAACCAUGGAAAACAUUCGGAAUCGUGUGAACAUCCGGUUGGCAACGAAGGAAAAACAAGUAGACAAGUGGUUGGCUCAACCAAACUUCAAGAGGAGGACAAUUUUUACGGAUCAACUUGCGGCAGUACACAUGGGUAAAACAAAACUGUUAUUUAACAAACCUAUUUAUUUGGGUAUGAGUAUCUUAGAUAUAUCAAAGACGCUAAUGUACGAUUUCCACUACAAUGUAAUAAAAACUCGAUACAAGGACAAAGCUCAAUUACAAUAUACUGAUACAGACAGUCUGACCUAUCACAUACAAACCGAAGAUUUCUAUGAUGAUAUGAAGGAGAUGAUAGAUUACUUUGACACAAGCGAUUAUCCACCGAAUCACCCCUGCUUCAGCACCGCAAACAAGAAGGUGAUUGGAAAAUUCAAAGAUGAACUCAAAGGAAAAAUCAUGUAUGAACACGCAGGGUUACGAUCAAAGAUGUAUGCAAGCAGAUCUGAAGAUGAACAUCUCAUAAAAAAAUGUAAAGCUCAUGAUAAUAAAAGAUACAUCUUAUCCAAUGGGAUAAGUUCCUUACCAUGGGGACACUCAAAAAUUCCACAAGAAGAAUUCGUCGAGAUGGAAGAAGAACACUCGCUUUCGACAGACUAA